AUGAUGGACGUGCAUGAAUAAUAGAUGCGAAUGACUAAGAAUCGUGAGAAAUUCGCUCUAGAAAUGGAAGCUAAAGGGCAAAAGCAGAGGUUUGGUUAUUUUUCUCACCCAUUAGGUCUUACUGUGGGAGAUUCUAGUACAUUUUAUGAUAAGCCAAGUAAAGAUAAUAUUCUUCAAAGUAAUCUUAUAGGAAAGGAAAAGUAUGAAGUCGGAAAGGUAAAGCAAGUGCUAACAAAUCCUAGCAGAGGAACUGGGGAUACUUUUGAAAAGCUUAAAUCAAAUGCAAUCGGCGAUGCUUUCAUUGACCCAGGUCAAUAUUUCCUAAGGAAGAAUGAUCGAUCACAAUCCUAAGGUGUUUUCAGACCAAGUGGGUGUAACAAGACAGUAAGAAAUUCAGAGUUUGGGCAUUUGCACAACGGUCCUCCCCCUAGACCUUAACCUGAGAAGCAAAAAAACUUCCUUACUAGAUCAACUUACGAGAUGUUCCAGAAAAAAUUACCUUACUCUGAGGAUCAGUAUGAGCAUAAGGAAGAUGACAAAAGAAAUGAUUAUAUUGAUAAUAGAAGUAAGAUUUUACAACCUGAAAGGCCAUAUACAUCAACUGUUAGACAAAGAGGUACCUUUUAUGGAUCAAAGAUUACUUUUGGCACAGAUAAAGAUUUUCCUGAUAAGCCUAGAAACCCUCCCAGACCACCUUCUUAUGGACCCUUUAAGAGACCUAAUCUGCCUCAUUAGGGUUACAAUAAGACGAUUGGAGCUAACAUGAAUUACAUAGAAGAUCCUUUAGAAGAUCCAAUUCAGUAUAAGAAGGGAGUAAAGGGCCCUAUUUGGAAAGGACCCAACUAUGGGAUUACAAGGCCUAUUCAAACAAUUCAUGACUACUUUAGAAAUUCUGCAAGAGAAAACGCAUUUUUGUUCUCUAGAUGA